AUGGCCAACGACCACAUCCUCACGCUCUCCUGCCCGGACAAACCGGGCAUCGUCCACGCCGUGACCGGCAUCUUCGCCCAGAACAGCCUGAACAUUCUAGACCUCCAGCAAUUCAGCGACCGCGACUCCGAGAAAUUCUUCAUGAGGGUGCACUUUGGCCCCGCCGACACGACGGGGUUCCUCGUUCCGGAAUUCGACGCGCUCGCCGCCUCGAUGCAGAUGGACUACUCGCUCCGGCCCGUGUCGCAGAAGCCAAACGUGCUCAUCAUGGUGUCCAAGAUCGGCCACUGCCUCAACGACCUCCUGUUCCGGCAAAAGACCGGGCAACUGCCCAUCGAGGUGCCCUUGAUCGUGUCCAACCACCCGGACUUUGAGCCGCUCGCCAAGUCCUACGACAUCGCGUUCCACCACCUCCCCGUGUCCAAGGACACCAAGGCCGAGCAGGAAUCGCGCAUCCUCGAGCUCAUCGCCGCGCACAAGAUCGACCUCGUCGUGCUGGCGCGGUACAUGCAGGUCCUCUCCCCGAAGCUCUGCGAGGUCAUGUCCGGCAAGAUCAUCAACAUCCACCACAGCUUCCUGCCGUCGUUCAAGGGCGCCAAGCCCUACCACCAGGCCUACGACCGCGGCGUCAAGAUCAUCGGCGCCACCGCCCACUUCGUCACCGCCGACCUCGACGAGGGCCCCAUCAUCGAGCAGCGCGUCGCCCGCGUCGACCACAGCAUGACACCCAAGGAACUCGUCGACGAGGGAAGCAAUGUCGAAUCCCAGGUUCUGGCCGCCGCCGUGAAAUGGGUGUCGGAGCAGAGAGUCUUCCUCAACGGACACAAGACUGUCGUGUUCAACUGA